GACCUAGCAUUGGAACUGAAUAGUAUGCGUCAACAAAUAUCCGCCAAUAAUGAAAUUAAUUCAUCUGUCAUUGAUGGUAUGCUAUGGUUUGAUAAUAUGACGUCAUUCAUUAAUAUACUGAAGAUCAUACAAGACGAAUUAGCACAGGAAAUUAUUGUGGCAUUAGACAAGCAUCUGAAUGACGAUGAGAUGGAUGUAAUUAGAGGUGUAUCCAUUGUAGUUGGAGCAAUGAUAAUGUUUCCCGUGAUAGUUUUGCUUGUGUACCGUCUUAACAAAACGCUGCAGUCAUUUGCUAACUCAUUGAAGGAUAAAACUUUAGAUUUAGAACAUGAACGAAGACGAUCAGAACAAUUACUUUACCGAAUGUUACCUGUUGCCAUAGCCCAGCGAAUGAUGAAGAAAAAGACUAUAGUACCAGAGUAUUUCAAAUCUGUAACAGUAUACUUCUCUGAUAUAGUUGGCUUUACGACCAUCUGCUCAAAGAGUUCACCAAUGGAAGUUAUAUAUAUGUUGAAUGCUUUGUACAGUGUGAUGGACGAACGAAUAGAAAAGUUUGAUGUGUAUAAAGUAGAAACAAUAGGUGAUGGCUACAUGGUGGUUUCUGGUUUGCCAAUAAGGAAUAAAGACAGACAUGCACUGGAAAUAGCUCUUAUGUCCUUAGAUAUAUUGGAAAUAGUUAGCAAAUCAGAAAUUCCACAUUUACCAGACGAGAAAUGGCAAAUACGAAUUGGAAUAAAUACAGGUUCUGUGGUUGCAGGUGUUGUUGGAACUAAAAUGCCUCGAUAUUGUUUGUUUGGCGAUACAGUUAACGUUGCAUCUCGAAUGGAAUCUACAAGUAAAUCCUGUAUGAUUCAAAUUUCUUCCACAACGAAAAGUGCUCUUGAACAACAUCCAGGUUUUUCGUUGCAAAGGCGGGGAGAAAUGAUUAUCAAGGGCAAAGGAUUAAUGGCGACGUAUUGGUUGACGGGAAAUCAAACGAUAUGUAACUGUUACGACUGCAUAGAUCAAGAUUUAUUCAUCACCGACGUAUACGUACAUGAUUCAGAAAUGCACGAGACAUAGAACUAUUUUCAUCAUAACAAAUUAAUGAUGGAUAUUUGUUUAUUUUAAAUAUAAAGAACAUGAACAUUUGACAUUACAUUAUCUAUUACAAACCGCCACUCAUGAAAAAUACAAUCCGUUUGUUCGGCCUUCUGUUCAGCAAUUCGUCCGUUGUCGGAAAAUUUGUACCCAAAUGUAUAUAAACGACUUGCAUAUCAAGGUAACCUUUUGUUCCAUUUGCCGACGAUUACCGGCAUUAUUUGGUUUAGACAUCAUAGUUUAACCAACCAGGGUAUAGGAAAUUGCAAUAAUGACGCC